AUGGAACCGUCUGGGCCUCCAAAUACAAGUCCCCCGAGCCCAUCUGCUCGGCCUCCUGCUUUCGGGAAAGUGUUGCCCAGUGCUUUCACCGGUGGCUUGAGCUUUGCUGCUUCAUUCGGAACUUCAACGAGCGCUUUCGGUCAGCCUAGAAAUCCUUUCGGUCCUUCUGCUUCGAGUUUUCGUUUCUCGAAUCCUGCCGCGCGUGCAGCCAGUACUUUUGGUCAGCCCAGUUUGAUGCCAACAUCUGUUUCAUUUCUUCCUGUUGCAUCUCUGCCCCAAAUUCCUGUUGCAGCAUCUUCCUCCGCCGCCUCUGAAGCGGAACCUGCUCCUGUACUCGGGUUGCGGGGACGAUACAGCUCUUCACUUCGCAACCGCGAAGAAUGGACCCCUAUGGGACCGACUCUCUCGGCUUUGGGCUAUGUAGAAGAAGUUUCCAACGCACUUCCGACCGAUAGCAGAUUUGAUUUGAUUUAUUAA